UGGAUACACAGCUGGUAUUGAUACAACAACUUCAUUCACGUUUGGUAGAGUAAUAGAUACGGGUACAGGGGAUGAACUACCAAGUGAUGUAUAUUAUGUAGACCAUAGUGAUUAUGGAAGGAGGAUGACCAUCCAAGCAGGCUCUAAUCUACCUGGUGUAUACUACUGUGAUCAUUCAGGUUUCAGGUUACAAACUGUUCUAGUGGCAUCAGAAGCUGACAUUUACCCAGAGAGUCAAACCAAGACAGUGAGUUGGGGAGAUGAUGUAACACUGACAAUGACAUCACAAUCAACAUCGAUAACAGAAUCACAAUUUAAAUGGAAACAUAAUGGUGUGGAUAUAGUAGCAUGGAAUGGACAAAGUAGUAUUACUAUUACAUCGGCUAAACCAUCAGAUGCUGGAAUGUAUGAAUGUUAUACAACGACAUCACAGAGACAAAGUGGGAAGAACGCUUUUAUGAGACUUAUUGUUAGCAGUUGUCCUAAUGGUAAAUAUGGUGAUACAUGUCUACAUAACUGUCCUACAUGUUAUAAUGGAGGUAUAUGUAAUGCAGACACUGGAGAAUGUAUAUGUCCACCAGGAUUUACCGGAGAUGACUGUAAUACAGGUUGUGCACGAGGCUAUUGGGGAAAGUCAUGUGGGCGCCUAUGUUCAAGUGUAAAUACAGCUACAGCUUGUACAGGAAAGAUGUUCUGUGUUUCUGAUCCAUAUGGAUGUUCAUGUCUUGCAUCACAUGGGGGAUUAGAUUGUCUUAUCGAAGAUUGUCCUUCUGGAACAUAUGGAGCUGGAUGUACACAGAUAUGUCACUGUACCUAUGGAUGUAAUACAAAAGGAUAUUGUAUUAGCAGUCCUGGUGAUUGUGAUGCAGGAUGGAGUGCCUCACAAGAACCAACAAUUAUGAAUGUAUUUUCACCUGAGUUGAAACAACUCGAAGUUCAUGUUCAGGUUCCUCAUAGUAGUGAUAUAAAGUGUAAAAAGGAUGGUGUGGAUGGUUACAUUGAUUACAUUGAAGUGAAGUAUAGAAGGACAGGUACAGAAGACGAAUAUGAGAUAGGAAAGAUAGAAGUUUACCAAGAAAUUGUAACGGGUACAAAAGUUAUCACUUUUACUGCUGAAUCAUUACUACAUUACACAGAGUAUGACGUCAUUGCUCUGCUUAGAAAUGCUGAUGCUACAAGUCCACCAAGUAAUUCAGUGACUGUCGUAUCAAAUGAGGAUGUUACUUCUAAGCCUAGAAAUGUAACAAUACAACCAGCAGUGUAUACAAUUACUGCUACAUUAGAACCAGACCCACCCAAUGUUCCUUCUAAGCCUAGAAAUGUAACACUACAACCAGCAGUGUAUACAAUUACUGUUACAUGGUUAGAACCAGACCCACCCAAUGGAAUAAUAACAGCUUAUAAAAUAACAUAUUGGAAAACAAGUGAUGAGAGUACAAAAAAGGAUAUAUUGGUAGAUAAUGGUGGUGCACAUGAACUCAAUAUCAAUAAUCUGGAUUACGAAGUUAACUAUACUAUAAUAGUGUCUGCAUCUACUAUUGUUGGGGAAGGUGAAUACAGUACCGAAAUGAAUACAAAAACAUCGGAAACAAUUCCUCGUGAACCUGCCAGCAUUGAUGUACAAAGAACAACUGAAAACAGCAUCAGAUUCACAUGGACAGAUCCUACCAUAUUUUGUGGUGAUAUUUUACAAUAUAGAAUAACAUAUAGAUCAACUGAAUCUGUGUAUUCAACAACCGUGUUGGAAUCUAAGGAUAUACUCGUUGAUGGCGAUAUCAAUACAUACACUCUAGAAAAAUUACCAAGAGGAACACAGUUUAAAAUAUCAGUGAGUGCAAGUACAUCAAAAGGAUUUGGUAAACCUAAUUCAAUUAUCUCUGGGACUACAAUUGAUCCAAAUAAAGAUCCACAGGGAUAUUACCAAGACCUUCAGAGUGUACAAGAAUCUCAGUAUCAGUCGCUCGGCAAAAUAUGA